AUGCCUGUGACUAGGUCGUCUGCUGUUACUUUCAAAGUUGGUCCCCCCAUUGGUGCCCAGGAGCGUGAGGCAGAAAUCAGGAUACGAUUUCUGAAACACACGAGCCAAUGUCAGGGGAUGGUGAGGAGUGCCUGCUGCAGCUCAAGUCAUAAUUCUUUGCAAGGGUUGACAGAGAAAGAACGCGAGGAUCAGUACCUUGACUCCUUCCAGACUGAAACAGGUUACACUCCAGAAUGGUUGCCACCAGCUGUUACCCCCAAUGACAGUGAAGAGGAUGAACAAGCUGUUGAGAGUACGGUGCAAGCUGAAGGUGAUCUGGUCUCAGAGGACCUGGUGGAUCAUGAUGGUCGCCAAGCUGUUGAAAAUAUGAUGGACUCCAUUCGUCAUGAUGAUGUUGAGCAUGAAAGUGCAUCAGACAGUGAUUGGUCAGCUGACCAGAGGUGCGACCUUAAACAUGAACAAACCCUGAGAGAAAUCUGCGCUGGCAAUUAUGAUACUGAUAACCAUCCUUCCACUCCCCCUCUCCCUUCUCCAUCCUCAUCAGAAGAAGAAGAUGGAGCUGCUGAUACUGAAGGCGACACUGACAGCUCUGUGACCAGGAGGCAUAGGGAAGCCAAAGGGAAAUCUUGUGCCCUAGCCAACACAUCCUCUGAAGAUGAGGAUGGACCUAGUGACACUGGAGACCUCCCUGAUGGCUUGGAGAUGACCGGGAUGCAUGGGAAACCCAAAGGACUGACAUUGUGCCUUCUGCAAGCCAGUGACCUCAGUCAAUGCGAGGAUACAUCCAGUGCAGAAGCAGGCUUACUGUGCUUCAAACCAGGGCAGCUUCCCUUGGAAGCCAUACAAAAGGCACAGGCACUUGGCAUGCACACCACUCAAGAAGCCCAGGUGAUUGCAGAUGAGUAUGGCAAGACUCUUGGGUCAAUCAUGGCUGCUGCUGGUCUUACCACAAAGGCAACUUGUGCUGAAUCUGUGUGGAACAUGCAUCAGGCUUGGUAUGUACAUACCAAUCCAAAAGUGUCUGCAGAGGAAACCAAAGACUACUAUAGGCAUCACACCAAGCACUAUGAGGACCAUAAAGAUGAGGAUGAACAUCCUCAACUGUGGGCUGAGAUCUGGAAGUAUUGGAGUGAGUGUGUCAGUGGGUCCAAAGACAUCAGUUCCAAGGCAAUGGCACAAACUUGGUGCAAUGUGGAGGGCAUACAUGUCUUUGGAUGUGUAAUUUAUAGUGGGAGUGAUGAAGCUGCAUGCCAAUCCCAAGGAAUUUUUGCUGGAUCCUCCCUUCUCAUGCAGCUUGCAAGUGAGAGGCAGACCAACAUAACACAAUUAUUAGAAUACCUGUCCACCAUUAUCAAGUAUAAAAUCCUUAACUCUGCUGCUUCGGUGCCUCUUCCCAACUUUAAUGUGCUGUCACAACCCCAUUAUGACUGUGCACUGGGAUUAAAACCUCAAGAAUACAGGCAUGAUUGCAAUCGGCGAGUUUUACCUACAAUCAUACUCCAUAAAUUCCUGCUGCCAGAGAAGAGAAUGGUAUCACACAAGGCCAGAGAAAUUAUACCAUCACUGAUUGGCCUGCUGGAGUCCCUGCUGUUGGUCCUGGAUUUCAAUGUCAAAUGCCUCAAUGCUGAUGAACUUUGUGCUCUGACUGUUCCUUUCCUGAAAGAGUCAAUGGGUGCAGAUUACCAUGCUGAGGCUCCACUAGAUGACGAAGAAGACCAAGCUGAAUACCUUGUCCCUUUGCCGAAUUCAUCAUUUUACCUCAAGAAAUGGACUGAUGUGAUGCAAGGAUGUGUGACAUCCCACUUGUGGUGA